UCAGGAACACUGUUGGGAAUAUCCCCAUGGAGUGGUACAAGGACUUCCCUCACAUCGGGUACGAUCUGGACGGGAAGAAGAUCUUCAAGCCUCUGAGGAAUAAGGACCAACUGGAAGAAUUUCUGGACAAGAUGGAGAAUCCGGAUUACUGGAGAACUGUUCACGAUAAGAAGACCGGUCGGGACAUAAAACUCACGGAUGAGCAGGUGGAUCUGGUUGACCGGCUGCAAAGAGGACAGUUUGGAGACGUGAACUUUGACCCGUACCAGCCAUCAGUGGAUUUCUUCAGCCAUGAGACCAUGAUCCAUCCAGUCACCAACCGGCCAGCGGACAAGAAGAGCUUCAUUCCAUCCCUGAUUGAGAAGGAGAAGGUUUCUAAGUUGGUCCAUGCCAUUAAGAUGGGCUGGAUCCAUCCGCGGAAGCCUCGAGAUGACGCCCCAAGUUAUUAUGACCUGUGGGCUCAAGAGGAUCCGAAUGCCAUCCUAGGGCGGCACAAAAUGCACGUUCCUGCUCCAAAGCUGCGGCUCCCAGGACAUGAGGAGUCCUACAACCCCCCUCCGGAGUACCUGAUGACAGAGGAGGAGAAAUUGGCUUGGGAGCAGCAGGACCCCGAAGACCGGAAGCUGUCGUUCCUUCCCAAGCCGCACAGUUCCCUGCGCGUCGUUCCUGCGUACUCCCGCUUCAUACAUGAGAGGUUUGAGCGCUGCCUGGACCUGUACUUGUGUCCUCGCCAGAGAAAGAUGAGGGUCAAUGUGGAUCCUGAGGAUCUGAUCCCCAAACUACCCAAACCGCAAGAUCUGCAGCCGUUCCCCACCACACAGUCCCUGGUUUAUCGAGGGCACACAGACCUUGUGCGCUGUAUCAGUGUCGCCCCCUCCGGUCAGUGGAUCGUCUCAGGCUCUGAUGACUCCACGCUUCGCUUCUGGGAAGUUUGCUCUGGUCGUUGUAUGAAAACUGUUCGUCUGGACGGGGCCAUAAAAAGUGUGAGCUGGAACCCGAACCCGUCGCUGGUGCUGGUGGCUGCAUGUGUGGAGCGCUCAGUCGUCGUCCUGAACCCCAGCCUUGGAGACCGUCUUCUCUGCAGUUCCACCGAUCAGCAUGUGGAGUCGUACCAAGCGCCGGAGGAGCAGAAGCAGCAGCCGGUGACCUGGGUGGCAGCAGAGGGGGCAGAUUAUGAGCAGGGACUGCGGCUCCGAAUCCACCAUGAGAAGGCAGUCAAGCAGGUGAUGUGGCACGGACGCGGGGACUAUUUUGCGGUGGUUCUCCCGGAUAACGGCAACUCUCAAGUUCUCAUACAUCAGUUAAGCCGCAGACGUAGCCAAAACCCGUUCCGCAAAAGCAAAGGUCAGGUCCAGCGAGUCCAGUUCCACCCCACCCGGCCCUUCUUCUUUGUGGCCACUCAGAGGUAUAUAAGAGUCUACAAUCUGCUGAAGCAGGAGCUGACCAAGAAGCUGCUCGCCAACUGCAAGUGGAUCUCCAGCAUGGCUGUGCACCCUGGAGGUGACAAUCUGAUCUAUGGAAGUUACGAUUCCAAGCUGGGCUGGUUUGACAUGGAUCUCUCCACCAAGCCUUACAAGGUCCUCAGACAUCACAAGAAAGCUCUGAGGGCUGUGUCCUUCCACCGACAGUACCCGCUCUUCGCCUCUGGAUCUGAUGAUGGCAGUGUCAUUGUGUGUCAUGGCAUGGUGUACAAUGACCUCCUGCAGAAUCCGCUCAUUGUGCCUGUGAAAGUUCUCCGAGGACACCACAUCACCCGGGACCUGGGCGUCUUGGAUGUCGUCUUCCACCCCACACAGCCUUGGGUCUUUUCUUCUGGAGCUGACGGCACAGUCCGGCUCUUCACGUAACCAGAGACUGGCUUCAGACAAGACUGCCCCAGUCAUGUUCCUCCAUCUGUAGGAUGGCUGUCUCCUCAGCGCUGCCGCACCAUGGCUAGCCUCGGCUGUGUGUGGUUAGGGUUAGUCCAGCUGGACUGGUCAUCACACGAGAAUCCGAGGAGGAGCGAUGUGCUAGUAACGCCUGCUCUCCAGAUGCUGAGGACUAGAAGGCGUGUUCCAGCUGACGUGUGAUAAGUCGCCCGUGUCUUCCCUGUUCGGCCGUGUGCACACGCGUGUACUUUCGGUCCGCACCCAAUCUGUGACUUUUGUGGAUUGGCUGUGGACAGGACAUUUCUGCAUUAAAAAAAAAAUAUGGCGA